AAAAAGAAUACGAAAUCAUGUGGAACAAUUUUAACAAUUCAAUGCAAAAUGAGGGCGGAUUUAUGGACACAACGACUAAUGAAUCGGCUACUCAAGGGGAAACUAAACCAGGAUUUAACAGAGCUAAUCAUUGCAUUCCUGUGAUGAUUGCUCAGAUGCUUAGAUACGGAGAACAAUUGACAAUUUGGGGAACAGCUACACGGGUCGUCACAUUUGUCGCUGUUGUUCGUCACGUCGAACCCUAUAGUACUAAAAUUACCUUCGAUUUUGAAGAUGAAUCGGGUUCUAUAAAAGGUAUUAAAUGGUUGGAAGGUGAUGAUAUUGAUUAUGAAUCACCGGUCAAAGUUAAUUCUUAUGCGAGAAUUUUUGGAUUAAUUCGAAACCAAGACGAUGAAAAUUAUGUUCUCAUUUGUAAUAUUCAGCCUAUGGAACAUCUGAAUGAAUUACUCACUCACUUGAUGGAGGUGACUGCAGUGUGUUUAGAAGGUGAAAAAAUGGUGAAUGAAACUGCAUCGAGUGACUUUUCAAUGUUAGAUGGUUCAUCUCAUAAUAAUGCUAAUCAGUGUCAACGUGGAGCAAGUAAUGGAAAUAUAAGUGGUUUGAACGACGAGCAACAGAUGAUUUUAGAUAUUAUUCAAGAUAGUGAUUCGGAAUAUGGAGCAGAACGAAGUGCCAUUAAAUCUCGCGUUGCACCACAUGUAGCUUCCAGAGUGGAUCAAAUUCUAGAAUUUCUCGCUGCCGAAGGUCAUGUUUACACCACCAAGACUGAUGAUUUUUACAAAGCCAUAUAAAUACGAUCAAAAUUUUAUUAUGUUAAUUUAAUUAUUUG